AUGAAUGAACUCUUCGCUCCAGCUCCCGAGCCGGCUACCCCUCUGGGCCGGUACCGCAUUCUCUCCUCCACCGCAGGUGUCCGUGUCUCCCCUCUACAGCUAGGAGGCAUGUCAAUUGGUGACGCCUGGAGUGGAUUCAUGGGUAGCAUGGACAAGGAGCAAUCGUUCAAGCUACUCGACGCCUUCGUCGAAGCCGGCGGCAACUUCAUCGACACAGCAAACAACUACCAAAACGAGCAAUCCGAAGCCUGGAUCGGUGAAUGGAUGACCGCACGCAAGAACCGUGACCAGAUGGUCAUCGCAACCAAGUUCACAACAGACUACCGCAGCUAUGCCUUAGGCAAGGGUAAAACUCCCAACUCGUGCGGAAACCACAAGCGCAGCAUGUUCCUCAGCGUCCGCGACUCCCUCAAAAAGCUGCAGACCGACUUUAUUGAUGUCCUCUACCUGCACUGGUGGGACCACACCACCUCCAUCGAGGAGAUAAUGGAUUCCCUUCACAUCCUCGUCGAGCAGGGCAAGGUCAUGUACCUCGGUAUCUCUGAUUCGCCCGCGUGGGUCGUCUCGGCCGCGAACACCUAUGCCCGUGCGCACGGCAAGACUCCAUUCUCAGUCUACCAGGGUCGGUGGAAUGUGAUGCGCCGUGACUUUGAGCGCGAUAUUCUGCCCAUGGCUCGGUACUACGGUAUGGCUCUCGCGCCCUGGGAUGUUCUGGGCAGCGGUCACUUCCAGACUGCUAAGCAGCUCGCCGAGCGUGAGAAGAACGGCGAGGGACUUCGCAGCAUGCUGGGUCAAGGUCAAACAGAGGAAGAGCGCCAUGUUUCCGAGGCGCUGGCGAAAGUUGCAGCUGAGCACGGUACCGAGUCCGUUACUGCCAUUGCAUUGGCGUACGUACUUUGCAAGGCGCCGAAUGUCUUCCCACUUGUAGGUGGACGUAAGGUUGAACAUUUGAAGGAUAAUAUCCAAGCUCUGUCGAUUCGUCUUACCCAGAAGCAGAUUGAGUUCCUGGAGGCUGCAAAGCCAUUCGAUGAAGGUUUCCCCAGUAACUUCAUUGGAGUUGACCCCAAGGUCUCUGGCGGUGGUCCCAGCAUGCUGAUGCAGACAUCUGGUCGCUAUGACUAUGUGCAGGCUGAGCGGGCUAUCGGUUAUGAGCCUGAGAAAUAA